AAUGAAACAACUUGUUUACCUUGCAGCCACGAAGAACAUGGAAAGAGUUAAUAAGCCCAAACCAUCCCUUUUUCUAUCCGCUCUUUUUGUUUUUCUAGUCUUCUCCACUCCUGCUUCUGCCGCUCAACAACCCAUCAAAACCAUUGUAGUCCUCGUCAUGGAGAAUCGAUCCUUCGAUCACAUGCUCGGCUGGAUGAAGAAAUCUGCAAACCCAAUAAUUAAUGGGGUCACAGGCAAGGAAUGCAACCCUGUUUCUACUAAAACCCCAGGUUCCCAAUCCAUCUGCUUCACCGACGGCGCCGAAUUCGUCGACCCUGAUCCAGGCCACUCUUACGAGGCGGUUCAGCAGCAAGUCUUUGGCUCCAGUCUCAUUCCUUCCAUGUCCGGAUUUGUCGAACAAGCUCUAACCAUCUCUCCUAACCUCUCCGAAACAGUAAUGAAAGGCUUCAAUCCCGAAUCGAUACCAAUCUAUGAAUCUCUAGUUCGUGAGUUCGCUGUCUUCGACCGGUGGUUCUCUUCGAUUCCUGGACCCACUCAGCCCAAUAGAUUAUUCGUUUACUCUGCAACUUCUCAUGGGUCGGUCAGUCAUGUUAAGAAGCAGCUUGCGCAUGGGUACCCGCAGAAAACCAUCUUCGAUUCUCUCCAUGAGAAUGGGAUUGAUUUUGGUAUUUACUUCCAGAACAUCCCCACUACUCUCUUCUAUAGGAAUUUACGGAAAUUGAAAUAUAUAUUUAAGUUCCAUCAGUUUGAUUUGAAGUUCAAGAGGCAUGCCAGAGAAGGGAGAUUGCCUAGCUUGACAGUGAUCGAGCCAAGGUACUUCGAUCUUAAAGGUUUACCUGCAAAUGAUGAUCACCCUUCUCACGAUGUUGCCGCUGGGCAGAAGAUCGUGAAGGAGGUGUAUGAGGCUUUAAGAUCGAGCCCUCAAUGGAAUGAGACCCUUCUGAUCAUUACUUAUGAUGAACAUGGUGGAUUCUUCGAUCAUGUUAGUACUCCAUAUGUGAAUGUGCCAAACCCAGAUGGGAACACGGGCCCUGCUCCUGAUUUCUUCAAGUUCGAUCGAUUGGGAGUUCGUGUUCCGACGAUCAUGGUCUCUCCUUGGAUCAAGAAAGGAACUGUGAUAAGUGGCCCAAAGGGUCCAACUCCGAGCUCUGAGUUCGAGCAUUCUUCAAUACCUGCAACCAUAAAGAAGAUGUUCAACCUCUCCUCCAACUUCCUGACUCACAGAGAUGCUUGGGCCGGUACAUUUGAGCAGGUCGUGGGAGAAUUAACAUUGCCUAGAACUGAUUGUCCAGAGGUGUUACCAGACGUGGCUUCCCUAAGAAACACAGAGGCAAAAGAAGAUGGAGGGCUAUCGGAGUUUCAGGGGGAGGUAGUGCAGUUAGCUGCGGUCCUCAAUGGUGAUCACUUCUUGAGCAGUUUCCCGGACGAGAUGAGCAAGAGGAUGAGUGUCAAAGAGGCUCAUGGGUAUGUCAAGGGUGCAGUCUCCAGAUUCAUCAGAGCAAGCAAAGAGGCUAUUAAGUUGGGAGCACAUGAGUCUGCAAUAGUUGAUAUGAGGUCCUCCCUCACCACCAGACCCUUAUUCCACCCUUAAGACAUUUAUAUAUAUACCUCAUGCCUCA